AUGAAAUUCAAUUUUAAGGAAUCGCGGUCCUUUGAUGAACGUCUUAAUGACGCUACGAAAAUCAAGCAGAAAUAUCCGGAUAGAAUUCCUGUAAUAGUUGAGCGUCAUCCUGGAUCCCAGAUAAAUGAUUUGGAUAAGCACAAAUUUCUUGUGCCCAAUGACAUCACCGUUGCUCAGUUUAUGUGGAUUAUUAGGAAGCGACUCCAGCUCUCCCCGGAAAAAGCACUAUUCCUCUUCUUCGACGACUACGUUCCGCAAACAAGGAAUGAUAGAUAUCUUCGUUUUGCACUUUUUUCUAUUUCUGUUUGCGGGUAUCACGUGAUGUAG